UCAUUUUCAUACUUUCCCUUCUUACCCAAAGUACAUUUUGAUAUAUAACCUUCGUGUCAUAGUUCAACGUUUUAACCACUAAACCUUAUUCAACUAAAGGAUGUGGAGAUUCAUUUUGGUGAUGUGUCUUCUAGCUUUGCUCGGAAGGGGAAGCUCGGGGAGGCUGCCGAUAUGGGAGAAGGAUUUGGGACGAUUGUACGGUUUACAGAACAAGCUUCAACGAGGUCCGGUUCCUCCAUCAGAACCAUCUCUAUGCCACAAUAAACUAAACCAUCUUACUCAUCCAGAGGUUUACUCUUCCCAAACUUACGUUCUUUGCCCAUGAUCAUGCUUAUUCCAUCGUUGCCAAACUUAUUGCAUCAUUGACAAUGAUGGUCAAUGAUCAAAUUCCAUUUGUUAUUUUCUUUAUCUUUGCUCAAACUUGUUUCAUAGAUGUAUGAAUCUAUGACCUUUUGAUCCGACUAAUCCAGAAUCUAGAGGCGUAUGACACAAUAUAUGUUAUUUUGUUUUUCAACAAGCAAUAUUGUAUUGGACUUGAAUCUAGAUGAUGAU